AUGGUUGACAAGCCUGAUCAUUACGUGUUGGAACGUGUUAAUUGUUACGAAUCAGCGCUAUAUGGUUUUGCGUAUGAUUCUGUUAGUGAUGAUUAUAAGAUAGCUGCUACAUUUGUGAUUAACGCAAAGAAUAGCCGUUACAUGGUUGGAAUGUACUCGGUGAAUAAUGAGUCUUGGAAAAAGAUUCACACUAUUCCUGCUGGCUAUCGCUUGUUCGACCAAAAUCCAGUCUCAUUAGAUGGUACUAUUAACAUGAUGGCAACUAGAAAUGAUGGUAGUGCAUUUGAUAAGUUUGCCAUCAUUUCUUUGUUGGUGUCUAAUGAGAAAUUUGUUGUAACGCCCGUCCCGUUGCAAUACUGUGGGGAUCAUAUGAAAUUGUCUAAUUUUGCUAAACGUCUCUAUCUUUCGGUGCUUGUUGAGAUGGCUUUUUUGGUGUGUUCCCUGGAGAAAGAUGGAGAAUGGUGGACGUGGACUAAUGUCAUGAAAAUUCUUACAUUAGGCUCACUCAUUGGAAUUGGAAAUCACAAUUGCUACUUGGAUGAUAUUAUAUGUUUGAAGGAAAAUGGGAAUAUCUUGUGGAGGAAAACGGAUGGUGGUUUUCUGGAGUACAAUGUGCAGAAUGAAGAAGUAACUGAGUUUACCCUGAAUCAAAUUCCGCCAACUACUGAUGUAUCCAUCUUGUUCACGGAAAGUUUUGCUUCCUUGAAAGUUCCGUGGGACUAG